GCUGAUCCCAAUCUUGCCAGAAAAUGGAUAAAAUUCUGCCGGCAGGAUAAAGAUUUUAAUCCAAAGACCGGCUACGUGUGCAUGGAUCACUUUUCCAGUGAGGACUUUGAAAAUAGUCUUAAGUACCAAAUGGGCUUUGCAAAGAAACGGGCUUUAAAACGAGGUGUUGUGCCAACCAUUUACAAAAAACAAAUUAAGAAUCCGGAACGUAUCGAACGAGCUCAUCGCCGGGAAAAUAAAAUGAUUGUUGCUGAACUACUUCAGCGGCAUGAAACAAGUACUUCAUACAAGGAAAACGAAGUUCAAUUGUCGAGGAAGAAAACAAGGAGAACUCUUCAUUUCAAAGCAGUAUGGCCGAAGGGCCAUCAACAUCACACGAAAGCGUUAGAUACUAUAGUUUUACACAGAAAAUAGAGGAUUUGAAAAAGCAGUUGUAAGUAUUAGAAUAAAAAUAUUAAUAUACAUAUUUAUUUAUAGAUACAUUUUCAUGAAACAAAUUUUAAUAGGGAAUCCGAGCGUCAAGAAAAUGUGCGAUUAAGCAAAGAAAACAAAAGGGUUCAGUCCGAGAUUACACUUUUAAAGCGCAGUUAUUAUAUGAAGGAGAAAAAGCGUGCAUAUGAUAUAGAGGUUUGGAAAAAAGGGCAGUAGCAGCGGAGCAUGCGUGCAUAAAUAUGGAAAAUAAGCUGGAGACCAUAUUUACAAAGGGGCAGAUUACCAAAUUAAAGAACGGCAUUAGGAGACAAGCCUGGACCGAGAAGGACAUAGCCCAAUCAAUAACUUUGUAUGCCGCAAGCGCAAAAGCGUAUAAAUUACUAUAUAAGAAAGGUUUUCCACUGCCAGCGGUACGAACAUUACAAGAUUGGGCCAAGAGAAUCGAAAUUUGUCAAGGUGUGUUGCAACCCGUUGUAAAAAUAAUGAAAGCAUCGACACAUAUGAGUG